AAUAUAAGACAAUGUUUAAACUAUUGAUUGUUAGUUUAUUUAUAACAACGACUAUGUGUUACAAUUAUAAUAAGUUAAUCAAACAUGAAAUGUUAGAUCCGGAUGAUCAAUAUGUUAAGGACUGUUACUCUAGAAUACCGGACCAAUUGCAUGACUGCACAAUGAAAGUGAUGACCGACUGGGGUCUUACACCGCAUACCGAUCCCAAAUCACGUGAGUCGUGUUGCGGGUCGUGGCAAUUGGCCGAUUGUAUCCGAGCUAAUGCUGAAAUAAAUUGUUAUGAAUGGGAAGUGGAGGCCGUAAUCAAACUUCAAAACAAGACUAUCACUAAACAGCAAACUACUAAUUGUUUUAAUUAUGUCUAUCAUUCAGAUAUUUGUAUAAAAACUUUUUCUAUAUAAUUGUUUGUUUUAUUA